CGUCAUUGGGCGAGAUCCUCUCGUGAACUUCGCAUGCGCGAAACAUUUGACGACGACAGGCAGAAGAGGCGUUUGCAACCGGUCAGUUCAAGAAACAUAAGAAUGACCACGCCGUGAUGAAAAACUGUAGGAAUCCAUGCCAUUUCCACCCCACAUCACGCUGUGACUGUUAGUGAGGUAUGGAUAACCUGGAGGAGGACCUGACGUGCUCGGUGUGCUACUCGCUGUUCAGCGACCCCCGCGUGCUGCCCUGCUCGCACACCUUCUGCAAGAGCUGCCUGGACGGCGUGCUGCAUGUCUCCACCAACUACUCCAUCUGGCGCCCGCUCCGCCUGCCCCUCAAGUGCCCCAACUGCCGCAGCGUGGUGGAGCUGCCGCCCAACGGCGUGGAGGCGCUGCCCAUCAAUGUCUCGCUGCGCGCCAUCAUCGAGAAGUACCAGCGCGAAGGCCAGCACUCGCGCCCGCCCACCUGCCCCGAGCACCCGCGCCAGCCGCUCAACGUCUACUGCGUCCAGGACCGCACGCUCAUCUGCGGCUUCUGCCUCACCGUCGGCCAGCACCAGGGCCACGCCAUCGACGACCUCCAGACGGCCUACGUCAAGGAGCGGGACGCCCCGGCGCGGCUCGUGCAGCAGCUGACGGACAAUCGCUGGGCCGAGGUGUGCGGCCUCGGGGAGCAGCUGGAGCAGGAGAAGACGCGGUGCGAGGGCCUGGUGCGGCAGGACCGCGAGGCCGUGGCCCAGUUCUUCCAGGGCGUGGAGCUGCUCCUGUGCCGCAAGAAGGAGGAGUACCUGGCGGCGCUGGACGUGGCCAGCGUGGAGCUGGCACACAGCUACGACCCGCUCAUCGAGAAGCUGAAGGACAUGAAGGAGGAGCAGCUGAGCCUCAUCUCGCUUAGCUCGUCUGUGCAGGACGAGGACUCCCCGCUGGCCUUCCUGGAGAAGGUGCACCUGUUCCGGGCACGCGUCAAGUCCCUCACCCAGAUCCCCAUGCCCAAAGUGGUGCCCCUCUGCAUCUCCCCCCGGGCCAGCGAGUACCUGAGGGACCACUGGGCCAAGGUCACCAUCGGAGGCCUGGAGCAGGGACCUGUCCCCAAGGUGGCCUGUCACGCCAGAGGCUGCUUGGUGAAGCACGUCCUGCCCUCUGGCUUCUCUGGAGUCUGGCUGAACCCCCGGCUGCACCUGCUCCCCCUUAUCGCCCUGCUGGUGGUUUUGGUUGCUGCAGGUCUGUACCUAGAUCCAUUCGGAGGAGCGUCUCUGGUGCUCUCCAUGCUAACCCCACUCGGUGAGCUCUUCCGAAGCCUGACCGAUCAACUCGUUUGGCCCUUUGACAUCCAGGGACCACUGGAGGAUCUAGCCUCGAACGUCUCAGCAAGCAUCUCUUCCUUGGCCGACAGAACAUACCAAUACUUUGCCUUUUUCCUUCAGGCUUUGCAGUAAGAGUGCCCAAGAAUAUGCAGUGUUUUUUCUUUUUGGUUGUGUGGAACAUGGGAUAUUUUUCGUUUGGUGCAUAGAAUAGAGGUACUGUUUUAGAAAACAAAAAGGUUGAAAUGGUCCAGAAUCAGUUAUUGACACGAGACUGCUUUGAACUUGCCAAAACCACAGUCUGCUUAUAACACGUGACCAAGUCUGAGGCAAUGUUAAAUCCAACAUGCCCCUUCAAAAACAGACUGUUUCAUCACUUUCUCAAGAAUACUUCUUUAUAGAGCAUAAAAACACUACACGCCAUUUUUAUGAAAUUUGCAGUUGUCACAGAUUUGUUUGAAGUGCAUCCAAGUACAAAUCUAUUACACGUGCAAGACCUUUAAAUGGUCAAAGCCAGAAUUACUUUUUUUUUUACUCAAGAAACCCUUUUAGAACACAGCUAAUUUUGCUCAUAUUUACAUGAUGCCUUUAAAAACAGAACUGUUGAAUGAAAGACAAAUGCAAGUACGGGACCUUACGUUUUGAAGUGCAAUAUUGUUUGACUUAAAAUACACUGGGGACACAGUCUAAAACAUGCCGUUGUAACGGACACAGAAGCUAGAAAAGGCGAUUGUGAAGUAGUUCAGUCACUGUGAAACUUAGCAAACGCUUGCUUACUGCCUUAACCUCAUGCUAUAAAUGAACACUAAUUAAAAUGAG